CCCUUUGUCGGUAAGUGUGAGACGAGCACCCCGAGGUCCCUCCGCCUUCCGGGGUCCGGGCGGGGCGGAGGCCGGGAGCCAGAGGCGCUCGCGGUCCGGGCCUGCGCGCGGCGCAGAGCGCUUUUGUUCUGCGGCAAAGACGCAGUCGCGGGCGGCCCCGGAACCCGGGCCUCGGGCCCCGCCGGCUCUCGCGUCCCGCCGUCCGCCCACCGGAGCUGGGCCGGGCCGCCGCGCUUGCUUCUGCCCGCCGCACCGGGGCCGGCCCUGGGCCUCCGCGAAUGCCGAGCCUUGCACCGGAGGGCGGGCCUCGCUGGCUGUUUUCCCUCAUUGCCUGGCUCUGCGCGGUAGAGGUCGCGAGUGGCGAAGGCUAGGACGCAUUUUGUCGAACUGCGAGGCGCGGCUGGUGAGGCGGGACCAAAGAAGUAAACACUGUGUGGAGAGGGACUGACGUGUUUGGAGGGAAAUGGGAAUGUACACGAUAAUUAAAGAGUAAAGUUGUGCUCAACGCUGUUUACUUCUAAUUAUUUCCUGAUUCACAAAUUAAUUUUUGCAAUUCACAACUUCAAGAAUACUUGGACUGUUGGAUUCAAUCCAUAGUAAUCUGCAAAAGAAGAGAAGCAGAAUUAUACCUAGAAGUCUACUAAUGGACAGUUAGUCACCCACCUACAUAUUGAGAUUCCUGACAUUCAGACAACUGACUUGUAACUGACUUGUAAUACACUGCUACUAUAUCAAACCGACAAUGAAUUGGAAUGAAAAACCAAAGAGUGCUACAUUACCACCACUGUAUCCUAAAAGCCAGCCACCUUUUUUGCACCAGUCUUUAAUAAACCAAAUUACCACAACAUCUCAGAGUUCUUUCAGCUAUCCUGGAAGUCACCAAGAAGCAUGCAUGUAUCCCGGUAAUUCAAAUCCAAUUUCACAGCCACUGCUGAAUAUCCAAAAUUAUCCUCAACAAAUCUCUGUUUCUGAUAUGCAUAAUGGGACAGUUGUGGCCUCACACACUUCAGUAGAAAGAAUAACAUAUGCAAAUGUUAAUGGACCCAAACAACUAACUCACAAUUUGCAGAUGUCUUCAGGAGUUACCCAAAAUGUAUGGUUGAACUCACCAAUGAGGAAUCCUGUGCAUUCUCAUAUAGGGGCAACUGUAUCUCAUCAAACUGAUUUUGGAGCUAAUGUACCCAAUAUGCCGGCACUACAGAGUCAACUGAUAACAUCAGAUACCUAUUCUAUGCAAAUGCAGAUGAUCCCUUCUAAUUCUGCACGACUUCCUGUAGCUUACCAAGGAAAUCAGGGACUUAACCAGUCUUUUUCAGAGCAACAGGUUGAUUGGACACAACAGUGUAUAUCUAAGGGACUGACUUACCCAGAUUACAGACCACCUCCAAAGCUAUACCGUUACUCACCACAAAGCUUUUUACCAGAUUCUACCAUUCAAAAACAAAACUUUAUACCACAUACAUCAUUACAAGUUAAAAAUAGUCAGCUUCCAAAUUCUGUAUUAACUUUACCAUCAAAGCAGACCUCAGCUGUAUCAUCACAGCAGUAUGUCACGCAAACUGACAAAAGACCUCCUCCUCCUCCUUACAACUGUAGAUAUGGAAGCCAGCCUUUGCAAAGUACUCAGCAUGUUACUAAACACUUGUCUAUGGAAGUUCCUCAGAGUCGAGAAAUGCUGCCAUCUGAAAUAAGGACCAGCUUUCAACAGCAGUGGCAAAACCCUAAUGAAAACGUCAGCACAAUUGGAAAUUUCACUAACUUGAAAGUAAAUACCAACAGCAAACAGCCUUUUAACGGUCCCAUUAGAUCUUCUGUGGAUGGUGUUCAGACUCUUGCUCAAACUAAUGAAGAUAAAAUAAUGGAUUCUUGCAAUCCAACUUCAAAUCAGGUACUGGACACAAGUGUCGCAAAAGAAAAGCUAGUAAGGGAUAUUAAAACAUUAGUAGAAAUAAAACAGAAGUUUUCAGAACUUGCAAGGAAAAUUAAAAUCAAUAAAGAUCUUUUGAUGGCAGCAGGUUGUAUUAAAAUGACUAAUACUUCUUAUAGUGAACCAGCUCAGAAUUCUAAAUUGUCUCUAAAACAAACUGCCAAAAUCCAGUCUGGACCCCAGAUAACUCCAGUAAUGCCAGAGAAUGCAGAGAGACAAACACCAACAGUAGUGGAAUCUGCAGAAACAAAUAAGACUCAAUGUAUGUUGAAUUCUGACAUUCAGGAAGUCAAUUGCAAAAGGUUUAACCAAGUUGAUUGUGUUUUACCAAAUCCUGUCUAUUCUGAAAAGCGGCCAAUGCCAGACCCAUCUCAUGAUGUGAAAGUUCUCACUUCAAAGACAUCAGCUGUUGAGAUGACCCGGGCAGUAUUGAAUACUCAGCUUUCAUCAGAAAAUGUUACCAAAGUUGAGCAAAAUUCACCAGCAGUUUGUGAAACAAUUUCUGUUCCCAAGUCCAUGUCCACUGAGGAAUAUAAAUCAAAAAUUCAAAAUGAAAAUAUGCUACUUCUCGCUUUGCUUUCACAGGCACGUAAGACUCAGAAGACAGUAUUAAAAGAUGCUAAUCAAACUGUUCAGGAUUCUAAACCAGACAGUUGUGAAAUGAAUCCAAAUACCCAAAUGACUGGUAACCAACUGAAUUUGAAGAACAUGGAAACUCCAAGUACUUCUAAUGUAAGUGGCAAGGUUUUGGACAACUUUUGCAGUGGACGAGAAUCCUCAACAAAAGGAAUGCCUGCUAAAAGUGACAGUAGCUGUUCCAUGGAAGUGCUAGCAACCUGUCUUUCCCUGUGGAAAAAGCAACCUUCAGAUACUGCGAAAGAAAAGGAGUGUGAUAAACUCAGAACAAACACAACAGCAGUUGGAAUUUCAAAGCCUGCUAACAUCCACGUUAAGAGUCCUUGUUCAGUUGUGGGAAAUUCAAAUUCUCAGAAUAAAAUAAGUAAUCCCUCACAGCAGACAGCUUUGUCGAUGGUAGUGCACAAUUAUGAGUCUUCAGGUAUAAAUAUAACAAAGGGAACAGAACUUCAGAUAGCUGUAGUGUCACCGUUAGUUCUGUCAGAGGUCAAAACAUUGUCUGUCAAAGGAAUAACACCUGCAGCAUUACCUGAAACAUUGUAUCCCGUUAUUAAAGAAGGCAGUGUUUGUAGUUUACAAAAUCAAUUGGCAGAAAAUGCAAAGGCAACUGCUGCUGUGAAAGUUGAUGUUAGUGGACCAGUAGCAAGUACAGCAACAUCAACCAAGAUUUUUCCACUAACUCAGAAGGAAAAGCAGAAUGAGUCAACUAAUGGCAAUUCAGAAGUCACACCUAAUGUCAAUCAAGGAAAGCAUAACAAAUUAGAGUCAGCUAUCCAUUCUCCUAUGAACGAUCAGCAAACCUCACAGGAGUCAAGGAAUAGUACUGUUGUGAGUAGUGAUACAUUACAGAUUGACAAUAUUUGUUCUCUGGUUGAAGGUGAUACCUCUUACAAUUCCCAAAUAGCAAAGAUAUUCAGCUCUCUUCCUUUGAAAAUGGUUGAGCCACAGAAACCUUCUCUACCCAAUCAGCAAGGGAUUGGCAGCAGAGAACCAGAAAAACAAUUAGAUAAUACCACUGAAAAUAAAGACUUUGAUUUUCAAAAAGAUAAACCUGUACAGUGCACAGAUGUUUCACAUAAAAUAUGUGAUCAGUCAAAGUCAGAGCCACCCUUAGAGUCAUCUUUUAACAAUCUUGAAACAAACAGAGUUAUUCUAGAGAAAAGUAGUUUGGAGCAUGCCACUGAAAAAAGCACAGCUAACGAUACGUGCUCGUUAGCUGCUAUUCAGGAGGAUAUUUACCCUCAGGAAAUAGAUGCAUCCAGCAACUAUACUCCCCAAGAUCCUGCAAGAAAUGAAAUCCACAGUGAUAAGGCACCUGUCUUAUACCUACAUGACCAGCUGUCAGAACUUCUAAAAGAGUUUCCUUAUGGCAUUGAGGCUGUGAAUACACGUGAAGGUUCUGUGGGCCAGCAAACUGCAUACCAGACCUCAGAAGAUCAAACUGCUGAUAAAACCAGUUCUGACUCCAAAGACCCAGCAGAUCAAAUACAGAUUACAAUAUUAAGCUCAGAGCAAAUGAAAGAAAUAUUUCCUGAACAGGAUGAUCAACCCUAUGUAGUAGACAAGUUGGCAGAACCUCAGAAAGAAGAGCCCAUCACAGAAGUAGUUAGCCAGUGUGACCUGCAGGCACCUGCAGGUGGACAAAGUCGUGAUUCUGUGAUACUGGAUUCUGAGAAAGACGACAUCCACUGCUGUGCAUUGGGCUGGCUCUCCAUGGUUUACGAAGGAGUACCCCAGUGUCAGUGUAAUUCCAUCAAGAACUCAACUUCAGAGGAAGAGAAACAAAAAGAGCAGUGUUCUCCUUUGGAGACCAACAGUUGUAAACAAGGAGAGAGAACUUCUGAUAGAGAUGUCACUGUUGUUCAAUUUAAGAGCCUUGUAAAUAAUCCAAAGACUACUCCAGAUGGGAAAAGUCAUUUUCCUGAACUACAAGACGACAGUAGAAAAGAUACACCCAAAACAAAACCUAAAAGCUUACCAAGGACAGAACAAGAAUUAGUUGCUGGUCAGUUUUCAUCUAAAUGUGAUCAACUAAAUCCCUUGCAAAAUCACAAAAGAAAAAAAUUGAGGUUUCACGAGGUAACCUUUCACUCCAGUAAUAAAAUGACAGCAUCUUAUGAACAAGCUUCUCAGGAAACCCGACAGAAGAAACAUGUAACACAGAACUCACGUCCACUAAAAGCAAAAACAGCUUUUUUAUCAAAUAAAGAUGUGUAUAAGAAGCAUAGUUCUUUGGGACAGUCAUUAUCACCAGAAAAGAUAAAAUUGAAACUCAAAUCAGUUAGCUUCAAACAAAAACGAAAGUUGGACCAAGGGAACGUAUUAGAUACGGAAGUAAAGAAAAAGAAACAUGAUACACAAGAACAGAAAGGAAGUGUGGGAGCUACAUUCAAAUUAGGUGACUCUUUGUCAAACCCAGACGAAAGAGCCAUUGUUAAAGAAAAGAUGGUAUCAAAUACUAAGUCUGUAGACACGAAAGCUAGUUCAUCUAAAUUUAGUAGAAUUCUAACUCCUAAGGAGUAUUUACAAAGGCAGAAGCAUAAAGAAGCUCUGAGUAAUAAAGCAUCAAAGAAAAUCUGUGUGAAAAACGUGCCAUGUGAUUCUGAACAUAUGAGACCAAGUAAACUUGCCGUGCAGGUUGGAAGUUGUGGGAAAUCAAAUGAGAAACACAGCAGCGGCGUGCAGACCUCUAAAGAAUCAUUAAAUGGCUUGACAAGCCAUGGUAAAAACUUCAAAAUCCACCAUUCUCAGGAGUCUAAAACAUACAACAUUCUAAGGAAUGUUAAAGAAAAAGUUGGUGGGAAGCAGCCUGACAAAAUAUGGAUUGAUAAGACUAAAUUAGACAAGAAAUUAACCAAUAUAAGCAACGAAGCUCAAUUCAGCCAAAUGCCUCCCCAAGUAAAGGAUCAAAAGAAAUUAUAUCUGAAUAGAGUUGGGUUUAAAUGCACUGAACGUGAAAGCAUUUCUCUCACCAAAUUAGAAAGUUCACCCAGGAAGCUUCAUAAAGAUAAGAGACAGGAAAAUAAACAUAAGACCUUUUUACCGGUGAAAGGUAACACAGAAAAAUCAAACAUGCUGGAGUUUAAAUUAUGUCCAGAUAUCUUACUAAAGAAUACAAACUCUGUGGAAGAACGGAAGGAUGUAAAGCCUCAUCCCAGGAAGGAGCAAGCCCCUGUGCAAGUUUCAGGAAUAAAAAGUACAAAAGAAGACUGGUUAAAAUUUGUUGCUACAAAGAAAAGGACACAGAAAGACAGCCAAGAGAGAGAUAAUGUUAAUUCAAGACUCUCAAAGAGAAGCUUCAGUGCAGAUGGAUUUGAGAUGCUGCAAAACCCAGUAAAAGAUUCAAAAGAAAUGUUUAAAACCUACAAACAAAUGUACCUGGAGAAGAGAAGCAGAAGCCUUGGUAGCAGUCCUGUAAAAUAAUGACAAGAUGUGGUUUUGUAAUUGCCACUGGGAAAUUUCUUUCCUUUUCUGUUCAAAAUAUUUCGCUGAAACUAAUGAGAAAUGCCAUGAUAAAGAUUUCUCAGAGUUUGGUUCCCACUUUCAUUGUAUUUCAUUGAAAGUGCUUAAUUAAAAUGGCUUGAGAACUUUGGGCAGCCAUGUGUAAGAAAUGGAUGGUAUUCACCGGGGAAACAUAAGGUAUUUGAAUUUCUACUUUAUUGAACCAGAUUUACCAUUAUUUUAAAAGGAGUGCUUAUACAAAUCAAUUUGAAAUUCUACCCAUCUUGAGGGAGGACUGUUCCUCAGUUAAGGACUUGUUUAUUUAAAUGGGACUGUAAAUAUGUUUUGGUUUCUAAGCUAUAUUAGCAAAAUUUAUUUUUCAAAAAUGCCCACUGUGAUGUGAAUGUCAAAAUAUAUUCUUAAGUGUUUUAUAACUAAUUGUAAACUUUUUUUCAGAAGUCUUAUUUUAUACUUGUGAAACUGAACACAAUUUUGGGACAACGUUUAAACAUUACUUUUCAUACUUGAAAUAAACGUUUAUUUUUUAAAAAACUAA